UUUUUUUUUUUUCAUUUUCUCUACUCAUAAUGUCCGACUCUAUGCUUUAUCUCUACACUUCCCUCACUGCGGGAUCGUCUCAUAUUGUUACCGCCACCGCACGUCUUGAGACCAUCCUCAAAGCAAACAGGCUCCCCUUUCGCGCAAUUGAUGUGGCUACAGAUGACGCAGCUAGAAAGCUUUGGGGCCGUCGCUCGAAGGGCAAGAAAUUGCCUGGACUUGUGAAAUUUGGAAAUGUCGUUGGCGAUCUAGAGCAAAUCGAAGAAUGGAAUGAAUACGGUGAGCUGAAAAUGCAGAUCAACAGCGUCGUGGACGAUUUCGACAGUAUGCCUGCUACCAGCACGCCUGACAAGACUUCCUCCGCACCUGCCCCUCAACCCGAGCCCACUGUUCCGAAGCAAAGCACGAUCAAGAUUCAGAAUCCUCCCGCAAAGGAACCCCAGAAGGACGACUCUAUCACGGUCGCAUUGCGUCAGGCAGGCGAACAGGCCGCUGCGAAAGCCAAAGAGAACGCCCAAGCGGAGACGAAGAAACCAAGCAGCCCCGCAGUCGUAGGGCAAACUUCAGAUGUAGCAGCAGCAGCAGUAGCACCUAACGAAAAAAAGAAUGGAGAGAGUGGCCAAGAUACUGUACGUCGGCUGUCGGUUGCUCCUGAGAUCGCAGAAAGCAGUCCCCAACGGCCGCCUUUGGUGCCUGAGGUUGCUGCGAUGUCGUCUGCCAAUUUUCAUGCUGAUAACGCUGAAGCUUUAGGGCUGAUUGAACACCAUCGUGGCUCCAACAUCGCGGCCGAGUCCAAGGAAGAGGCAGAGAAGCUUGCUCUUGAGUUGCGCAAGUCUAUUUCUGGCGACCGCCAGGGU